UUUUUCCUGCAUGUGUAACUCCGUAUCUAAGUAGGUAAGUUGCUGUGUUCAUGUUAUUAUUAACACAUAAAUUAGUCACAUAAAAAUAUGCAUACAUUGUUUUAGUCGAGUCUUUGUUCUAUGGUAAUCGUGAGAGAAAGUUAGAAAUAGAUUGGAUUGGUUUACUACUAUUGGUUUACUACUACAGUAGUCAUCUAACCAUAAAUGUCCACUGUCUCAAGUAGUAGAAUUCCCGCCAAGCUUUUCACAUUUUGGCGCCAUUAAGUGAAAUUGUUUUUAAUUGUGCUUUUAUGUUUUUUUAUGACUUAACUUUUCAUUUAAGUAAAGUGCAAACAGUCUAAUAUAGUAAAAAGUAUUUAAAACAUACGUACAUCAUAAUUUAAGUAAAGUCAAAUAUUAAAAAUGGUACGCCGAAAAGCUGAUGCAAGAUCAAUUGACAGUUCGCGAACAGCACGCAGUGAUAAAUCUAGGACUGACGUUUUAGUGGACAGACGCAAAAUUCAAAAGGCACACAUUUUGAAAGAAAUUCGAUAUUUUAGAAAAAGUGUAAAAUUGCUUAUACCAAAACUACCUUUUGCUCGUAUAGUUAAAGAAAUUAUGACAGAUUUAUUUCCUAGAAGUGAUGUAAGAAGAGUACAAGAAUCUGCACUUGAAGCACUGCAAGAAGCUACUGAAGCAUAUCUAGUUCAAUUCUUUGAAGAUUGUGUAUUAUUGUCACAGCAUGGAAAGCGUGUGACUCUUCAAAUUCAAGAUAUGAUUUUAAUGAGACGACUCAGAGGAAGAGAUGAUAUUAUAAAUAAAUGAAGUGAUUUCGCUAUUAGGCUUGAUAAUUUUAUUGUAUAUUUAUAAUAUAUUUUGUAUAUUUGUAUAUUUAAUAGUACCUGAUAUAAAUAUUUUAAAUAUUCUACUAAUUUUAUUAAGGAUACGAAUUGUUUCAUGCUAUGAACACUACAGCAUUGUUUUUACCUUUUAUGAAUUGUUUUAUUGUGUGUUUAAUAAUUUGCAUAUAUAUUAUUUGAUAAUACUAAUUAAUAAAAAAGGAAAAAUAAUAUUGACUGUUAUAUAUUAUGAUUAUGUAUUAAAAUUGGAAUAUUCUUGACAAAUUCACUGUGUUCUUAUCUGGCAUAGUAUUUAGUAUAAUGUCCAUGACACUAAGAAUUGUGGAGUGUUCGAUAACAAAUUAAACUUGUAAUGAUUUGUUCAAUAAAAUUUAUUUUAUGGGAAACAAACUUUUGAUAAAAUUCUUACGUUUACUUUACGAAACUUUGGUAAAAUAUACAUUUCUUGAUUCUUCGGCAGGAUCUUAGAAUAGUACAUAUCGAAGCUUCGUAAGGUUCACUUCGUACGGAUUUUGUUCGAAUUUUCUUCAUAUGUAACGUAACAUCAGUUAAAUGUGAUACAGUAAAAACGAUUAUUAAACAAUAAAAUAUAGCGUAACCGGUUGUUACGAUAAAAUUUCUUUUAUUAUUUCGUACGGGUUAGCUGCCAUCACUCGCAACAUCUGUCACAAAUGGAACAUUAUAUUACGAUAUCCUAAAAAAACCGACUAAAAAAUAGUAUUACAAAUAACAAUGCUACCUAUCUACGCGUCUAUAACAUAUGUAUAUCUAUAAUACAAUUUGAUAAGGAAAUAUAAAAGUCACCUGGAAAUAAACAGGCUACUCUUUUGUGUUUCUGUAUAUCUGAGAAAAAUCUCGCAUCUCGUAAUUCUGAAUUUCUAAAAAGACACUUUGUAAUAGGCACAACAUUAAUUACAUGUUUAUGUUGCCUGUCAUUGUUCAGAAGCGAAGCUACGACAACUCGCAACUUUACCAUGGCGAUGCUUUAUGACCAUUUCUUUAUUCGCUAUACAUUUUUUAAGUAUCGUGUACACUCAUGGCUAGUAAUAAUCUGACUUUCGAAAGAUUUUACAUAAUUUUUUUCUUCUUUUCCUUCUUUUUCUCGAUCAUCUUAAAUAUGUACAUUCAUUACACGAUACAUCAUUGUGUGAUAGGGAAAGGAAAUACUGUUUAUCGAGGCGAGUCUGUACAUCUCGAAAACAACUUCUAAUAUAGAAUAGGAAAACAGUUUGAAAGACGAGCGAAUAUAUACGAUAUUU